AUGUCGAUAUUUGGGUCGACGACGGGCCAGACGGGCGGAGGAGGAUUGUUUGGGUCAAGCACGCAGACUGGAGGAGGGUUAUUUGGACAAAGCACGCAGCAAAGUCAGCCACAACAAACCGGAGGCCUGUUUGGGCAGAGCACGCAGCAAAGUCAGCCUCAACAAACAGGGGGUUUAUUUGGCCAAAGUUCACAGCAAACCCAACCGGCGCAAACUGGCGGCUUGUUCAGCGGUUUAAAUAAACCUCAACCGCAGCAGCAGACCGGAGGACUCUUUGGUCAAGGCACUCAACAGCAACAGCAACCACAACAAGCUGGGGGGCUGUUCGGAAGUUUGGGUCAGAAUACACAGCAGACUCAACAGCAACCGCAGCAGCAGCAAGCUAGUAGCUUAUUUGGUGGAUUCGGCCAGAGUACACAGCAGAAUCAGCAACAGAGCGGAGGUUUAUUUAGUGGUCUGGGACAGAGUCAAAACCAGCAACAACGGCCGGGGCUCUUCUCUUCAUCGACACAACAGCAGCAGCCUCAAUUAGGGCAAAGCCAACUUGGUGGAUCAUUAUGGCAGCCGAACAGUGGAAUGAAUCCUCGUGAAAAGAGCGUUCCCGAGCAAAUCGCAACUGUCCUCCAAAAAUGGGAUAUCGGCAGCCCCAACUGUGUAUUUCAGCACUAUUUCUACAACAAGGUGGAUGAAAACAUGGCGCCAUUUUACAAGCCUGGGCCGACUGAAGAUCCAAAAGCCUGGGAUGAGGCCCUUUCAAAGAAGCCUGGUCCUGGAUUUAUUCCAGUUCUGUGUGUUGGAUUCGAGCAGUUAGGGAAGAGGAUCGAACUUCAACAACGGAAUCUCGCGCACUACAACGCUCGCCUCCAUGAGAUCAACAAUUCUCUAUCGUUGAUGUUGUCAAACCACGAUACAAAGACAAGUAUCAGGGCUAUGGAAGCGAGGAGGAGACACGUCCAACUCAAGCAAAGAUGUUUAUCGUUAGCCACCAAGGUUCAGAUUCUGAGGAAUAGAGGAUAUGCGUUAGGUGCUGAUGAAGAGGACUUGAAGACGAAAUUACAAGCCUUAGAAAGAGGUGUUACGGAUCCUGGCCUUGGCGCAAGAGGGGAAGAAAUAUGGGCUCGGAUGCUCACAGUACAGGAGCGGGCAAAACUAUUGAAGGCGGAGAUAGAAAAUAGUGGUUCAGAGGACCCUGUUGGAUUGGACGAGGGCAUGACCCAACAGGCAAAGAAGAUUCUUGAGGACUACCAAACCCAACUGGACCAUUUGAAGAAGGAAAUAGAAUCCAUUCAAAACGAUUAUGUCAAUUGGGUCAAGGAGCAGGGGCCUGAGCCUCUACGGGUAAAGAAAGAAGAUAGGAGGGCGAAAGCAGAGGCAGACUUUUCUGAAAAGUCAGCUUUCAUGAGGCAUAAGAUGAGCACGACACCUGCUAGCUAUAUGCCCUAUUCAUGA